CAGAAUUAAACAGACCUCUUCUCACAUUCACUUUCCCCUUUUCCCCACUCCCAACACCCAAUCAAAAAAUCACUAAAAAAUUUGCAAAAAUUAAUGGAGGUGGUGGCUGCAAAAUCACUUCCGGUGGGCUACCGGUUCCGUCCCACCGAUGAAGAACUCGUGAAUCAUUACCUACGGUUGAAGAUCAACGGCUUCGAUAAAGAAGUUAGUUGUAUCCGUGAAGUUGAUGUCUGCAAGAAGGAGCCGUGGGACCUACCCGAUUUGUCGGUGAUUGAGUCCAUCGACAACGAAUGGUUCUUCUUCUGCCCGAAAGACCGCAAGUAUCAGAACGGACAGCGGUCGAAUCGCGCUACGGUGUCUGGGUACUGGAAGGCUACUGGAAAAGAUAGAACGAUCAAGACGAGCAAGGGGAACAAUUUAAUAGGGAAGAAGAAGACGCUUGUGUUUUAUACGGGUCGGGCCCCGAAGGGGGAACGGACUCAUUGGGUCAUCCAUGAGUAUACUCCUACUGAAAAGGAACUUGAUGGUACCCAUCCUGGACAGAGUCCGUAUGUGCUUUGUCGUUUGUUUAAGAAGCAUGAUGGGAAGGAUGAAAAUAGUGAAGGUUUGGAUUGUGCUGAUGUUGUUGAUCAGAGUGAUGGGUCUCCUCCUUCGGUUGUAAAGUCUUGUAUAGAAGAUGGUCAAUCGGAGCCCGUAACUCUAGUUUUGACGGGUCAGCCGAACGCACAACCUUCAAGUAAUGGAGUUUUGAAACUCGAAGAUCCUGAUGGAAAAGAUGAUGCCUUUAUGUUUCUUGAUUGUCAGGACCAUGACAUUGAUCACUCAAAAUAUCCAAUGCAGCCAGUUUUGGGUCUAGAAGAAGCUCUAUGUUACUGGGAUGCGUCAGCAGAAAAUUUCGAUUCAAAAAUAUUUUCGCCGUUGUAUUCUCAGACGCCAUUAGAACUUGGCCAUGCAUAUGAUGGAAUUGUAACCGAUGGAAAUGAACAAAACGGAUUGCAGAAUCAGUAUGCAACAAAUGAUAUGGAGUUCUGGAGUAAAAUGCUAGUUAAAUCAGAACAGUCUUCUUUCAAUGAUUCUGGUUGGGGUUCAUUUGCUCAAACUUCAAUACCUGAAGUUCAUAUUAAAGAAAAUGAAUAUAGCAGCGAGUCCGAUGGUGAAGUCAUGCAAAAACAGCCUUUGAGUAGGGAUUUCUCUUUCGAAACCGGAGGUGGUCAAAGUAGCCAGAACAACGGUGCAGGAACUAAUUCUGAUUUGGGAUUCAAAAUCAGGAGUCGCCCUGAACAAAGUGUUGCCAAUGGUGCAGACGUUAAUGAUCAAGGAACUGCACAGAGAAGAAUUCGUAUGCAAACGAAACUACAAGGGCACAAUGGGAUCAAGGAAGGCCAGAGUGCUAAUGAUUCAAGUUGGAGUGUGAAACCAAAAGCCGAUUUUCUUGCAGGAAUUCGUGUGCAUAUGAGUAAGGUGCUUUUGGUUGUGGGGUUGGGCGUUGGUAUUGCUAGUUUAUGGAGAUGUUUAACAUACUGAUGAAUCGUGUAGGGAAGAAGAGUUGACUGAUUAGUGUGAGUUAGUAGGCGUAUUAUGUUCAUAUGUUCCCUUUUUGUUUUUGUUACUUUUAGUAUGGUAAUGUUUAAUGAAAAGACUUUGUUAGGUUGCUGUGUA